AUGGCGACCCCUGAGUAUGACUACCUCUUCAAGCUCCUGCUGAUCGGGGACUCGGGGGUGGGCAAGAGUUGCCUCCUGCUCCGAUUUGCGGACGACACCUACACAGAGAGCUACAUCAGCACCAUUGGGGUGGACUUCAAAAUUCGCACCCUGGAGCAGGACUCAAAGACGGUGAAGCUGCAGAUCUGGGACACGGCUGGCCAGGAGCGCUUCCGCACCAUCACCAGCUCCUAUUAUCGGGGCGCCCAUGGCAUCAUUGUGGUCUACGACGUCACUGACAAGGAGUCCUUUAACAACGUGAAGCACUGGGUCCAGGAGAUCGACAAGUACGCAGCCGAUGGGGUGAAUAAGCUCUUGGUGGGCAAUAAGUGCGACUUGUCCUCUAAGAAGGUGGUGUCCUACGACGAGGCCAAAGAGCUGGCGGACUCGCUGGGGAUCCAAUUCAUGGAGACCAGCGCCAAGAACGCCCACAACGUGGAGCAGGCCUUCCAGAGCAUGGCCCGGGAGAUCAAGCAGCGAGUGGCCUCCCAGCCCGCCGCUGGGACCAGAGGCGGCGGCGGUGGCGGCGGCACCACACUGGGCGCGGGACGUCCAGUGCAGGGCGGGUGCUGCAAGUGA